AGUAAACUCAACAAACUCAGAACUAGAAUUUCCUAAUCUUUUCUCAGAGAUUUUUUUGGCUCAUACUCGAAACAAAUGGCUUCAACACUCUCAUUUGCAUCGGCUCUACGUUCACCUCUUGCUCCAUCUCCCCCUGUCUCAUCCAAAUCCACUACUCCGUUCUCCGUCGCGCUUCCACGGAAGAUCCCUAGCCGGAUCAGGGCUCAAGACCAGAGAGAAAACUCCAUUGAUGUUGUUCACCAAGGACAACAAAAAGGAAAUCAAGGAUCUAGUGUCGAAAAAAGACCUCAACAACGCUUAGCCAUGGACGUUUCUCCUUUCGGAUUGUUGGAUCCUUUGUCACCAAUGAGGACAAUGAGACAAAUGUUAGAUACUAUGGACCGGAUGUUCGAAGACACUAUGCCUGUCUCAGGAAGAAACAGAGGAGGAAGUGGAGUUUCAGAGAUUCGUGCGCCGUGGGACAUCAAAGAGGAAGAACACGAGAUCAAGAUGCGUUUCGACAUGCCUGGUCUCUCGAAAGAGGAUGUCAAAAUCUCUGUAGAAGAUAACGUCCUUGUGAUCAAAGGAGAGCAGAAGAAGGAAGACAGUGAUGAUUCUUGGUCUGGAAGAAGCGUUAGCUCAUAUGGAACACGACUUCAGCUCCCAGACAACUGCGAGAAAGACAAGAUCAAAGCUGAGCUCAAGAACGGAGUCCUGUUUAUCACUAUCCCUAAAACCAAAGUCGAACGCAAAGUCAUCGAUGUCCAGAUUCAGUAGGACUCCAUUAAAGUUAUCCUCAGGUUUAAUGUGUAUUGGAGGUGUUUGUUGUACAUAAGCCUAUGUUUCUCUGUAUAGCUUGAAGUGUGAUGCAAGUAAAAGAACAAAGAGAGAUAUUAGAAAAACGUUUAAACUGAAUAAAAGUUUUCUAAUUCU